CAACAACAUGGCGCCCGGAGAUGGAGAUGGAGAAGGCAGCCUGUCCGUGCAAGAGGAUGGCCCGGUCACAGAGGGAGAAGCGGACCGUUCAGUCACGGAAGUAGUCCCGGUUCCGGUCACGGAAUGGGCUGCGUGCCGCCGCCGACGCCGGGCCAUGCUGCAGACUCACUUCUUCAAGAUGGCCUGCAGGAUGUUCGGUUCCCCGCGAUGUAAGCUGAGGGUCAGCACCGCGGUGAGGGCGCCGGAGCGGCUAACCGCGCGGCUGCGGGUGGUCCACUCCCAGGCCGACGGGGAUGGGGUCCAGGAGGAGGAGAAGAGGGAGGAGGACGGGGAGGAGAGGCAGUCACUGCAGGCAAAGGGCUGGAGCGAGGCCGACUACACCAAGUGGCUGUCCGGCAGAAAGCGGCAGCGGGCCGAGCUGCAGAUCAUGGCAAAUGUGCGGAGGUGGAUCAACAGCAAAACCUCCGCCAACGACCUGGAGCUCCGCGUCCUUGAGACUCUGGAGAGGCAGCAACGGGGCCACCGGCACGGCUACAGCCCAGGCCUGAGUGAGCCCAGCCCACCUGAGAGAAACGCUUCACAAGAAGAAAUGGAAUCAAGUACAUUUUAUGAUAUUGGUUUGUUGAUGAAUUUAUCCUCUCUGGAGCCAAAGGAACUGUUCCAGGAAAGUUGGGAUCAAGAACAACUGAGAUCUGAAGAUGUCUUCUCAAGCAGUAAAAUGGAACAGCAAGGGAAUCUUUCACAAGUUGAUUUCAUGCAGUUUGACAAGGAUGAACUGCGUCACAUGGAUUUGAUGGAAAAAUGUCUGCUUGUGAGAGGAGAGAAGCGUACCAUAGCCUGCCAUUCUCUACCGACUACCAUAGCUGGAGUGAUGGGAGAGGCAAACAAUGUGUAUCGGCAACACUGCCAUAAGGAAUAUAAGAAAAUCCUGAAAAUGUGCCAAUACUAUGGCAUUCCUUUUACUGAAAGAAUGCUUGAGAAAGCUUUACUUCAUCCUGGAGACAAACUGAAAAUGGAGCCAGAUUUGAAAUUAAGGGCUCCUGGGACAGGCUUGUUACCUAACCGUGAAGUGCAAAAAUGGGUUUCCAUCAGACGGCUCAUUGCUUUGAAUCAACUUAAUCGUCAAUUAGCCGGACAGAAAGGGGAUAUCCAGAGGGAGUCAAAGCUGGAAAACAGCCUGAAGGAUGUCAGUCAAGAGAAAAAGCUGUGGAAUGGCAGCAGGAAAGAGAAGGGCGGCAGAACUCGUACAUCCAGCAACAAGCAGCUAAUCAUGACAUUCGAUGAUUAUAUGAACUUCAAAAGAAAGUUGAAGCUGAAGGCACAGUCAAUAUCAGGCCAGUCCCCCAGUGCUCGAGCCAACCCAUAUGCCUUCUGGCCAGGCCAUCUCUUGGACAAAGUGCGCAUGUACCUCCCAUUUGCCAUGUUACAACACAAAGAAGUAUUCUUCAGUAACGUCCAGGAAGAUUCUAGGCUCAGUCCCUAUGGCUACUACAGCAGCCAGAGCUGGCCCAUUAGCGAACAGGGAUAUCUUACAUAUGGAGACAUAAAUAUGCACAAGCGCUAUUGGCUGUGAUUCACCAGCUUGCCCUUGCACAGGACCUGCAGUUUAUUCCCAUGAACUGUUCGACACUUGGACAAUGCAGAAAUCAGUCAAUUCCUUCCUGUAGUAAACAUGAAUUGUACAAGUUCUCCAAAGUUUGUCAAAGAAAUUUAAAAGUCCUUGCGCAGAUAGAAAGUCCAGGACUUCUACUUAGUUGGUCAGGAAACUUUCAAAUAUUUACCUCUGAAAUCAAUGGGUAAAUAUGGUUGGUAAGUAUGCUUCAUCUUGUGACAGGAAAUGCAUUAAAACAAUUAAAAUGCUUAACUCACAUUUCUAUCAUGUAUUUUUUUCUCAUGUUUACUGACUACAAGUGCUCCCAUUAGCUAAUCAAAGGAGAACGAGGGGACAGGCUCUGUCUGGAUUGCCCCAUGAGAGAAAACAUCCUUUCAGUAUCCAUUCUAUCAAGUCCUCUCAAUAAGAUCACUUCUAUUCUUCUAAACUCCAAAGUACACCGACCCAACCUAUUCAGUUGUUCAGAAGGUGACUCUUUCAUCCCAAGAGUUAUUUGAGCAAAUCUUUGCAGAAUUGGUUAUUAAAUUAAUUAUGUAUUUUCUUGGGUAAGGGAAACAAAACUGCAUAUUAUUUGAGCUGUGGUUUAACUAAUGCCCUAUAAAAGUGUAACAUGUCCUAUCUACU